UUUAUACUUUAAAAAUAAACUCUUAAAAUAUAUCAAGUUUUAUAUAUUUUCCUUGUUCAAUUUUUUAUAAUUUCCUUGUUUUCUGUUGCUUGUGACUGUUUUCUUUUCAUCAAAUUGUAUAAUUAUCAUUAUCAUAUCAUAUAUUUAUAUUUAUAUUUAUAUCUAUAUAUCUAUGGCUGGCUUGGAUUUGGGCACCGCUUCUCGUUAUAUUCAUCAACUCCAACGUUCUGACUUGCAACUCCCAACAAGUCAACCUGAAAAUAAUCACCAGCACCACCAGCUUUUCUCUGACAGCUAUAACAACAACCAUCAAGAAGCAGAAGAUGAUGGCCGGGACCACCAGGGUGGUCUCGACCUCAUCUCUCCUAACUCUGGUGGUGGUGGUGGUGGUGACAGUGCUAGUAGGCGGCCCAGAGGCCGCCCACCCGGUUCAAAAAACAAACCAAAACCACCAGUCAUUAUUACACGAGAAAGCGCAAACACUCUAAGAGCACAUAUACUAGAAAUCGGUAACGGGUACGAUGUAUUUGAAUCCGUUGCAACAUAUGCAAGGAAAAGGCAACGUGGAAUCUGCAUUUUAUCCGGAAGUGGGAUAGUAACAAACGUUAGUCUACGUCAACCAACUCAACCAUCUGGUCCGGGGUCAGUUUUAUCGCUUCAAGGCCGGUUCGAGAUCUUGUCGUUAUCCGGUUCAUUCUUGCCUCCGCCUGCACCACCGGGGGCCACAAGUUUGACUGUCUUCUUGGCAGGCGGUCAAGGACAAGUUGUGGGUGGGAACGUGGUAGGAGAGUUGACCGCGGCUGGGCCGGUUAUUGUUAUUGCUUCUUCCUUUACUAAUGUUGCAUAUGAAAGAUUACCAUUAGAAGACGAGGAAAACCCGGUUGACGGGGUUCAUAUCCACCCACAAGGCUCACAAGACGGUAGCGCGAUUAAUGGAAAUAACGCCUUCCCAGACCCGUCGUCUGGACUGCCCUUUUUCAACUUACCAAUGAAUAUGCCACCAAAUGUUCAAUUACCUGUAGAUGGAUGGGGUGGAGGAAGUAAUAAUUCAGGUGGAAGAUCCACCACCAACAACAAUCAAUUCUGAUUUGUUUUUGGAUGAUCUUUAUUAAUUAGAGGUUUGUUUAAAAUUGGAUCUGGUUAGAUAGUUUGAUAUAUAUAGAGUGGUUUUGCUAUCACGAUCCACUAAGAUUCAGCUCUGCGCAUCAAUCAGAUUCACAGAAGAAAGAAAGAAGACUAUUGCUUCAAUAUUUGGAUCAUGACGAAUUAAGGUCAGCAAGAAUUUGUGCAAACAAUUUAAUCUUCUUCUUUUCUUCUCUUGUAAUAUUUGGGGUUUCUAUUUUUCUUUUUCUUUUUUCCUUUGUGUUACCUUUUGUUAUUAUGAAAAUAGUCAAAUUUGUGUUCAUCUUUAAGAACUUACCUUAUCUCUCUUUGUUUCUAAAUCUUUUUUGUUCUCACUC